UUCCGGAUUUGCGUCGUUUACGUUAUUGAAAUUCUGUCCUCGAUUUUUCAUUAUAAACAAGAGAAAUGUAAAGAGAAUUAUAGCAUGAAGUAGUUCUUUAUAAUAGACAGUACAGUAAUUAAAAAGUAGAAUCCAAAUUUUAGGUGACGGGAGCGGAAUAGAAGGUUUAUUACAAGAGAGAGACUAUCAAAACUAACAAUGUCGGAAAACAAUGCUGACACACUUCCUCCAAUCAAACAAAAAUUCGUUCCAAAGGUAUGGACUCAUUUUAAAAAAUCUGAAGGAUCAUUGCGGAAAAUGGCACCACAACUCAAAAGCAGGUACCAAGCUUAUGAAGAACCUCCAAAAGAAAUUAGUGACGCUCAAAAAGAAGUGAAAAAGAGACUACGAGAAUUAAAAAAGAAACAAACUCUAGCAAAUAUGCCAACCCCACAAGAUGAGAUACAAGAACAAGAUAAACACGAGAAAUUAAUUGGACAAUUAAAAGCAGCUGAAGCUAGGAAUAGAUUACGAAUUAUGAGGCUGCGAUAUCAAGCGAACAGAGCUCAGGAAGUGAAUCAUUUAAUAGCAUGUCAGCCUUCAGCAUUGAAAGCAGUGAGACUCCAGGCACUGGUACCUCCCUACCAGGGGAAGGAUGGCAAUGGAGACAACUUAGACAAACUUGAUAGGAAUCGGGUAGAAUCUCUAUUAGAAGAUCCACAAGGCUUGCUGACAAAUAGAAUUUCAUAAUACAUGAACUGUAUGUGCAGGAUUUAAAUACAAUGGACCCCUGAUUCCAAGGACAGUAGGACUCUGAUGAAAUGAUGAAAGACAGUUUAGAAAAUAAUGUGUAAAUACAUUGAACAUGAUCAUUGGAUAGGCCUAUAUGAAGUGCUUUAAAACUUUACAAAUCAAUGAAUGGAAUGAACAUAUGCUGAUGAAACAAAGGUGUCAUGAAUGGAUGGUCUUCCAGAAUAUACAACUCAUUGUUGUUAAAUUUACAUGUUGUGAAUGGAAUUAGUAAGAAAUCAAUGCAUUUUAACUGCCCAAUGUUUCUAAAACUUGAGGUAUAUGGUCAUAAUCAUUAUCAACCAUCUCACAUCUGAUCUUUCUAUCAUGUAUGACAAGUGAGUGGAAACCAAAAGAGAUUCAAACCUUUAUUUUUCUUUCAUUUUUUCAGUCAUUUACAAAUCAUAAUAUUUGAAUAAACAAGUUGAUACUCUUAAAUUAAUAACUAUUUUUGAUAUUGAAAAUACAAUAACUUUAUUUCGUUAUGAAGAAAAA